AGGCGUCAUUCCUGCAGAAGCCCUAUCCCACGUGAAGAAGGACAGGGCUAGGGGCAAACAAAAGGAGGAAGCCAAGACUCUCUUGCUGUGCCCCGACUUGGCCAGUGGAGGCAGUGAGGAGCUAAAGAUCAUUCCUUCUUUCUUUCCUUCACUCUCCACCGGCAGCUCUGCAGGGAAGUCUGUGACAACCUGGUCAGAUAUUAGGGCCCACGCUCUGGCCCACGCUCUGGUCAGAGUCAUGCCAUCCCAGACUCUGCUGCCUGUCCUGGUUCUCUGUGUGUUGCUGCUGCAGGCCCAGGGAGGAUACCGUGACAAGAAGAGGAUGCAGAAAACACAGCUAUCCCCAGAAAUUAAAGUCUGCCAGCAACGGCCUAAACUAUAUCUAUGCAAACGCUUCUGUGAAUCUCACCGAGACUGUCAAGCAAAUAACAUAUGCUGUUCUACCUACUGUGGGAAUGUUUGCAUGAGCAUCUUGUGAGUGGGAGAGUGGGCUGGGAUGUGCAUCCUGCUUCCCGACUCCUCUAUCCAAGACUGUGCCCACAUCCGAAGCACAAGGACUUCAAGUCACCAGCAUAAGAACAUCAACAGGAACACCGCCCUCCCUACUGUCUGAACUCCUUGUCCCUGUCAAAUAAACCAGAACAAAUG